AGCUCAGAGAUAAGGCAGGUCGGCUACGUGGUGGUGGUAUCCCUUAGAGUGCUUAUGUUCAUAGCUUCCUACAAGACAUACGCAACAAUGUGGACAAAUGUUCAAACUACACAAUGCAUUUUGCUGGCUUUUUUAACAGCCUGCUCUGGUGAGUCUGAGUGUGAUCAAGAUGAGGAAAGCUGUGUCAACCGAGACGUCUAUGACAAAAAGGUCACAGCAAUCCCGGUCACACUGAAAAAAGAAGGGGCCAAAGAGGUCUUUUUUGUGGGCAGUCCAAUCAGUUUAAUUCACAAAGGUGCCUUUGCCACAAAUCCUCAGCUUGAGAAGGUUGAGUUCCUUGGUACCUCUACAGAUUCUAUUGAACCUGGAGCAUUUGAGGGCUUAAAUAACAUUAACAGCAUUGAGAUAUCUAACACACCACUGAGGUCACUUUCUGUGGGAGUCUUUCAGGAUUUGACCAGCCUUGAAAAUCUUGUCCUGAAAAGCAACAAAAUCCAGAGUUUACAGAAGGGAUUGUUUGAUGGUCUUGAGAAACUCAAAGAUCUACAGCUGCAUAUAAAUGAAAUUGCUACCAUCGAGGAUGGGAUAUUCGAUCAGCUAGAAAAUCUUCAGAAUCUUCAUCUGGCAAAAAAUAAACUCAGCUCCAUUUCAUCAUCUCUCGUCUCAAAAUUGAAGAAACUCAAAGUAAUCAGACUGUAUGAAAAUGAAUUACCAUCUCUACCUGAUGGAAUAUUUGACAAUCUGCAAGAAAUUACAGAGAUUGCUUUACAAAACAACAAAAUAUCAUACAUACAGCCACAAUUAAUUCUGCAUAAAGAUAAUUUAGUAAAGUUAUUUUUAGACAACAACCUCUUGACAGAGUUGCCACCGCAGAUGUUUGUCAACUUUCCAUUACUUAAAACAUUGACACUGCACAGUAAUCAAUUAACACAUCUGCCACCAAACUUAUUUGGAGAAAUGCCUAAACUUACAGAGUUAAGUUUGAAGAGCAACAAUCUCACCACACUUCCUCCAGGAGGUCUGAGUGUCCUUUCAAAGCUCAAAAAAUUGGAUCUGUCAGAGAAUCUGUUUGAAACUGUGGCAGGAGAGUUUUUUGUUGGUUUGGAGAAGGUCGGAGAUCUUAAUCUUCAGAAAAAUAUUAUUACAUCCCUUACAUCAGACAAUUUUGAGCCCUUAAAAAACUCUAUAUCAACCCUGAAACUUUCUAGAAACCAACUGAAAUGGCUACCAAAUGAUGUUUUCAGUUCUCUACCGAAACUGCGUAAAUUAUACCUGGAUGGCAAUCCUUGGCAUUGUGACUGUAACCUGAAACCCUUUUACGAAUGGAUUAAAUCCAAUCCCAAAAUGUUAAAAUCUGUAGUACUAUGUGCCUCACCUGAGUCUUUGAAAGGCCAAGAGAUCAUCAAACUAGAAGAAAGUGUCUUAAUAUGUCCCACAACAAUACCUACAACAACAUCGCUUAUGACAACAACAACAACAACCACAACAUUACCUACAACCACAACAAUACCUACAACGACACCGCUUAUGACAACAACAACACCAACAACCACAACAUUACCUACAACAACACUGCUUUUGACAACUCCACCAACCACUACUGAACUUACAACAACUUUAAGAACAACAGCAAUUACAACAACUUUAAGAACAACAAUUACAACAACACAGCCCACCACACCUGUGGACCAUGUGACCCCAACAGAGAAGAGGAGAAGACCAUACACAACCCCACCACGAAGAAGCACACCCCUACCUACCACCAAUGCCACUAAAAAGCCAGACCAGGGUGAGGACAGUCAUUUGAUCAUCAUUGUAGUGGUCUGCAUGGCCGCCAUCGUCAGUACCUUUUUAGGCGUGGCCUGCUGGAAAAGGUACAAGAGAGAUAGCAGAGACUUGCACCAGCAGCCAAAGUCAAACUCAGUCAUCUUGCCCAUUUUACAAAAGGUUGAAAUCAGAGGUAUUUGACAGUCAGUUCUUACACGUACUGAAAUAAAGACUCUUUUGGACAAAGACUUUGGUUAUAUUUUAAUUUUGUCAAAAUCUCCUAAAACACUGCUUUAAAGCUCUACCAUAGAAUCACUUUGGCCUUUGUGAUUUAAAUGAUUUUAAAUUCUUUGUACAUAUUUUGAAAUUUUAAUAAAUUGAAUGUUGACUUUUAAUAUCUGCUUAAGGUUGCAGUAACUUGUCGAACACUGGUCCAUUAUAAUGUUUCUACCAUAUCAUGUUCACUACUUCAGUCCUUUGCGUGACCAAUAAAUCCUUACACUCUGAAGUAUAUGUGGGCUGUAGCAUACAACUAAUUAGAUCAAAGUCACUGACAGCAAAUGUCAAGCAUGCCAAGUCAUAAUCUACACUAUAGGAAGCAAGUUAUUCCAGUAUGAGCUAUGCCGUGCCAGUGUGAAAGAGUGACAAUGAAUUGAACUGAUAUCAUUAUUGUCAUUAAUUGUCAUGGAUUUAUACAUAGUACAGUCGUUUGCCAGAUUAUUUUACUUUUUAUGUGUUGUGCCAUUUAGAACCCAAUUAUAUAAUAAUUUCCCAAUAAUGUAAUAACUCCCAAUAAUGUAAUGAAAAUCUCUACUUAACUCCAUAAAACAUGUAAUAAAAACCUGGCAAUGUAAUAAAUUAUGCA